UGUCAGUUUUUAGAUUCGUAUACUUAAUAAGAUCGUUAAAGCUUCGCUAAAUGUCACAAGCCAAACAACAUUGCGCUGAGGUGGCUACGCUGACCGCUAAUGGGAAAGACCUGUUUGACAGCUCAACCGUAUCUGACUAAGCCGGAAUUUCCCAUUGUGAAUAUAAGCUCUGGCAGUGAAUUACUUAUCAACGAUUUAAUUCAAUUCCGUACUGUGUUGUGUUGUGUUGUGUACAAGUUCCAUAUCAAUGAUAAGUCCAAGGUUUUUCAUCCUUGUAAUUUGCAUACAAGGAUGCAUUUUUGCAAAAACGAAUGCGGAUGGUUUGCCAACUGCUGGCACUACAUUGGAUGCUACUACAGUUAAUGAAGUGCCAAUAAAUCGCGCAAAAAGAGCAACAAUAGCCGAUUUGGUAGCGCACAGUGCUUUGAAUUUCGCACAUAAUAUUGCCGUGCUACUAAAUGAGGAUAUGCAUUAUGGCAAAACAACGAUUUUCUCACCCAUAAGCAUAAUGUCAUCGAUGGUCAUGUUGAUGUUGGGAUCAAAAGGCAGGAGUUACGAAGAUUUAAGGCACAUCUUCCGUUUGGAUGUGCCACCACUGAGCGAUGCAUUAUCUAAUGCGUUUCACUUGGAGUUCGGCGCCAUGUUACAGGAAAUGCAAGAUAAUGCGAUAUCGCUGCGGGCAAGAAAUCGCGAUAAUUGGCGUAACACAAAUGUAGCGUAUAGUAUACGAAAUAAACCGAAAAUAAGCGCAGAAAAUGCAAUUAACAUGAGUAAUGUGAUAAAAAUCGUAAACGGGUUGUUUAUUAAAAGCGGUUAUGAAUUGAAUACGAACUACCGAGAUGUUAUCAAUUCGAUUUACAAGUCUGACGUUAUACCACUGGAUUUCAAAUUACCGCAAGCACGCGAUUACAUCAAUGAUUGGGUUUACAAAAACACAUUUGGCAAAAUAAACGGUAUCAUAGCGGACAGCAUACCCGCCGAUACCGAUGCCAUACUAACGAGCGCUUUGUAUUUCCGUGGAUUUUGGGAGAGUCCCUUCAUACAGAGUGCUACCAUAAUUGAUAAUUUCUUUCCGGACGGUCCGCAAGAGCCACCCAUCAAAAUACAAAUGAUGGGUACAGCCGGCGCCUACCCUUACUAUUUUUCACCCGACUAUGAUUGCAAAAUAAUUGGACUACCAUAUGUAAACAACUUCACCAGCAUGUAUGUUAUACAACCGUCCCACUCGAGUCGUCAUGUCUUGCGUAGGCUUCUAAAGGAUCUUAGCGCUGAGAAAAUCGAAGAUAUGAUCUCGAAGAUGGUCUAUCAAAAUGCCAUCUUCGCUUUGCCGAAAAUGCAUUUAUCACAGAAUAUUAAUAUGAAACAUGUUUUUCGUGCGCUUGGUCUGCGUGAUGUACUCGCGAGUGGUGAGCGUUUCAGUGCAGCGCCUUUGAAUAAUUUGCACGCGAGAACGUGGCCGCGUGGGAAACGUAACGUCGUCUUUCCCACAGAUGGCACACCAACAACGGAGCGUUUUCCACAAAGUAUACCUCCCAUCACGGCGCAGCAAAAUGCACCUGUCUAUACAGAGCAACUAUUGCAACAAGCAGCAUUCAACACACCACAACAAUUAUUACAAAACAAUCCAGCCACCAUUACAGAGCAACUGUUGCAGCAGUGGAGUUUUAAGCGCAAUGGCAGCAAUAAUUUGCUCUCCGACCUUUAUGUGGGCGAUAUUGUACAUAAGGUCGAUUUGGUGGUGGAUGAAAAUGGCACAGAGGGCGCCGCCGCAACGGCGACCUAUCUCAAACGCUCGGGUGGCAAUGUGCUCUUCCGCGCUGAUACACCAUUUCUGUUGCUAGUGCGUCAUGAUGCCACCAAAUUACCGUUAUUCUAUGGUAUCAUCAAUAUACCAGCACCGAGUUUUGUUUGAAAUUCUUUUGAAUUCUUUUGAGUGCAAAAAACAAAAAAAUUUAUAAAAAAAAUUCAUUAAU